GCAUUGUGGUUCGGCCGGACCGGCGGCGAGAGCGCAGCCGAGCCAAGCGAAGAUGGCUGAGCUGAAGCAGCCGCCCAAGCACGACGGGCGGGUGAAGAUCGGCCACUACGUGCUGGGGGACACGCUGGGGGUCGGCACUUUCGGCAAAGUCAAGAUUGGAGAACACCAGCUUACUGGACAUAAAGUAGCAGUGAAAAUUUUAAACAGGCAAAAAAUUCGUAGUUUGGAUGUUGUUGGAAAGAUCAAACGAGAAAUCCAAAAUUUAAAACUUUUCAGGCAUCCCCAUAUUAUCAAACUGUAUCAGGUGAUCAGCACCCCUACUGAUUUUUUCAUGGUGAUGGAAUAUGUGUCUGGCGGCGAAUUGUUUGAUUAUAUCUGUAAACAUGGACAUGUAGAAGAAGCUGAAGCCAGGCGCCUCUUCCAGCAAAUUCUGUCAGCUGUGGAUUACUGCCAUAGGCAUAUGGUGGUUCACAGAGAUCUGAAACCAGAAAAUGUGCUGCUGGAUGCACACAUGAAUGCCAAGAUAGCUGAUUUUGGGCUGUCCAAUAUGAUGUCAGAUGGUGAAUUCCUGAGAACCAGCUGUGGCUCACCCAACUAUGCAGCACCAGAAGUAAUCUCUGGAAGACUGUAUGCUGGCCCAGAAGUUGAUAUCUGGAGCUGUGGUGUUAUUCUUUAUGCUCUCCUCUGUGGGACUCUUCCUUUUGAUGAUGAGCAUGUUCCAACCCUGUUUAAAAAAAUCCGGGGAGGCGUCUUCUACAUUCCUGAAUACCUCAACCGUUCAAUAGCAACCCUGCUGAUGCAUAUGUUGCAGGUUGAUCCACUCAAACGAGCCACCAUCAAAGACAUACGAGACAACGAAUGGUUCAAGCAAGAUCUGCCCAGUUAUUUGUUCCCAGAAGAUCCAUCAUAUGAUGCCAAUGUCAUGGAUGAUGACGCUGUGAGGGAAGUUUGUGAGAAAUUUGAAUGCACCGAGUCAGAAGUGAUGGCCAGCUUGUACAGCGGAGAUCCUCAAGACCAGCUUGCGGUUGCUUAUCACCUGAUCAUUGACAACCGGAGAAUCAUGAACCAGGCCAGUGAGUUCUACCUCGCCUCCAGCCCACCCAGUGGCUCUUUUAUGGAUGACUCUAUGCAUAUCCCCCCAGGGGUGAAACCUCAUCCGGAAAGGAUGCCGCCUCUUGUUGCGGAUAGUCCCAAAGCCAAAAGCUCUUUGGAUGCAUUGAACACCACUAAGCCAAAACCAUCGACUGUGAAAAAAGCCAAGUGGCAUUUAGGAAUACGGAGUCAAAGCAAGCCUUACGAUAUCAUGGCUGAAGUUUACCGGGCCAUGAAACAUCUGGAUUUUGAGUGGAAGGUGGUGAAUGCCUUUCACCUUAGAGUGCGUAGAAAGAAUCCAGUUACAGGAAAUUAUGUGAAAAUGAGUUUGCAGCUGUAUCAGGUGGACAAUCGCAGCUAUCUGUUGGACUUUAAAAGCAUCGAUGAUGAUGUCGUGGAACAAAGAUCGGGUUCGUCUACACCUCAACGCUCAAGCUCAGCAGCUCGUUUGCACAGACCAAGACUAAGUCUUGACUCCGCCACCGUUGAUUGCCAGUCACUUCCCGGGUCCCCUACUGGUUCUUUGACUGGGAGCAUGUCCUCUGUGACACCACGCCUUGGGAGCCAUACACUGGAUUUCUUUGAAAUGUGUGCCAGUCUGAUUAUGGCUCUGGCUGGCUGACAGGUAUGGUAGAAAUGAUGACCAGUGGAGUUAGUGCUUAACAGAGGUGAAGACUGAAGACUUCAGGCAACAGCGGAUAGCUAUUGGACUCUACUAGCUGCCACUCAAAAUCAGAUACUGCACUGCUGCCAAAAAUCUGAAAAUGUCUACAACUGAAGAAUCCAUCACAUUCAUGCCAUGUUGAAUGAACAGUGCAAUAAUAUUCCUGAAAACUUGACCAUCAAAAGGUUUUUUUUUAAAAAAAAUAAAACUUACUUUAGAAAACAAAAGCAAUAGAAUCCUAGAUAGAAUUAAUUUAGAUUAAUUAAUUAAUUGGAAGAAAAGUUUUCUCUGCUGUUCUUCCACGUAUUAUAACAUGCAAAAAUCACCCAUAGGAUAGGACUGUAGUUCAGAGAGAAGUACAGUUUUGAAUUUUUUUUAAUAUCAUAUUUUAAAUAAUUAUAAUUUAGACCUAGAUAUUUAAGUUUGGAAAUAUAUUAUGAUAGGCCUUUUGGCCAAGUUUCAUAUAUUUUUUCUUCUUCUAUGGAAAUGCUUUUGGAAUGCAUGGAAGUCAAUAGUGCUUUUAUAUCCUACUCAUGGAUUCAUCUGAAAUAAUUAUUGCAGUCUACCUCCUAAACAGUGUAGAACAGGAUUCAAGACUUGCUGACUCGAAAGCAGAGAUCUAGAACUAAGCACCUGGAGCAUCAGAGGUCUUCAAAUCUGAGAUUAGAUUAUUCAUUAUUAAGCGAUUUUUGUGACAUUGUGGUAAAAUUAAAUAAAGCAACUGCUUUUAUUAGAGGCAGCAAGUGACAAUGCAGAAACAUUUCUUACUUCAGUUAUUAGGCAGUAAAAAACCUCUUCCUGAUAUCAACACAUUUUUAUUACAUUCUUGUUGCUGCUAGACUGUACAUCAUAACAGUUUUUCACCCCAGUAGAAAAAUGUCCUCAGAGAUGAAUGAAACUAAAUGUUUCAAUAAGCAAAAUCCCCCAAACCUAGAUGUUGAAAUCCAUUCAAAUUCAGAAAUCACUUCAAUACAAUUCUUUUGAGUGGUGGAUGGUAGUCAGGGUUACCAAUUUUUUUUGCAAGCUAUUCAGCAGCAACAUUUCCCCAGUUUUAAUUAAAGUUCUUUUUUUAUUAAGGAGUUUCCGUUUUCAUUGAAGGAAUUCUUUUCACCGCAGCCUUUCAUAACCACUUUGCCCUUUCUGCUGUUCAUCAUCCAGCAUUUGUUAGAUUCAGACCACCUACUAUAUCUCAUAAACAAAAUUUGCACUCUGCUUUUUAUCUCAUUAUUAUUUCUCCCAUCAAUCAUUUCAGGCUGCGUUUUGCAUCGAAUAUUUCAAAAUGCUGGGUUUGCAUAUUUAAAUUAGCAAUAUUUAUUAAUCUCAUGGCAGCAACAGAUCAAAAUGUCUAUAGCCACAAUAUAAAAUUCAGAAUUGUGGGGGAAGGAAGAAAAAAAAAUGUUUUCCUUCAAGGGUGAGUUCCUUUGGUAAUAUUCUCUUUCAGAAAAAAAGGCUAAUAAACUGAUAAAGCAAGGUAACUGCAGGCUAGCUAUGCUUUUCAGAGAAGAGAGGGUAGCAGAGAACAUUAGCUGCAGUCAAGAGAAGGCUCAAGUGAAAAAAAGAACAGGGCACUCAAGACAAGUUUUUCUUGCUUCAAAAGCUAAUUAGUAGUUAAAUUCUUCUGUACAUUUAGUUGUCUGUAACAAUAUCACUAGGUGCUAAAUUUAGGCAGGUUUUUAGAAGAAAAGUUUACUGACACACACACAGCAUAUUUCAUUCUCUUGUAGGCUAAUCCUGUACGUUAGCGGCCCCCCAAACUUUUGGGCACCAGGGACCGCUUCUGUGGAGAGAGGAUUUUUCACAGACCAGAGGGGGCGUGGUUUUGCAUGCUGCCUACAUACUGCGGAAGGGGCGUUGCUUCUUUGCACUGACUGGUUGCUGGCAUGCCGCGGACUGGUACUGGUCCCCGGAGAGGGGAUUGGGGACCCCUGCUGUACUUGUCUGUUCUGAAAAUAAAUCUCACUGGCUUUGGGUAGACUUAGGUUUAAAUAAGAAUAUAGAGCAUUGCUCUAUGUUCUUAUUUAAUCUGGCUUUUAAAAAAAAGAUGGGGGAGUCUAUUUGUUUUAGUUUUAAACAUUGAUCCAAAGGGAGCAUUUUUGGCACUGCUACAGAAGCUGCUUGUGGAAGUGGAUGGAUUUGAGAUCUUUCAUAGACAAGGAUGUUUCCCAGUUCACCCUUUGGUCAAAUCAUCAAUCUCUUUCAAUUACUAAUGCCCAUUUUUGUUAUUUUUUAAUCUUCAUUUCUGAUUUGCCACUUCCAGAUCAUUAGGGACAUUCUAAAAUAAAAUGAUAUGCAUCUCGAUGUUUGUGUUGGCUCUAGCAUCCCUUCAUCCCCAGAAUUUGAGAAUAAUUUAUGGAGCCAAAAGUUGUGCAACAGGGAGAUGCAUUAGAAUCAAUUUGAUAUUGCCGGUAAAUGACACUGCAGUGAAUAUUUUUUCAGCGAGUCACUGUGCAUAAUCAAAAGUCAGUCCAGAGUGGUCUUGGGUGAUGUCAUGCUCCAUCAUGAAUACAUAAUAUUGAUCUUGAUGUGUUUUUUUACAAUGAUUAACAAAAAACAUGACAAUUUUAAUGUGUGUCAUUUUUAUUAAUCACAAAAACCCUCCAUUUUUUAAAGUCCACAAAUACAGCAGUUUAAAGUCACGGCAUUAUCUAAAUUGGCUAGAAUAUCUGUCAUAAGGGAGUCACAUGCAACUAUUGCAUUGAGAUUGUCCGCAGUACAUUUUUAAAACUAACAGAUUAACGGGCAUUAAUCACUAUUUAUCUUGAAACAUAACGAGUUUGUUCAAUUCUAGAUUUCAGAUAUCCUUUUUUGUGAGUAAAGCUUUGUCAUUUUCCCCUUCAACAGGAAAACAUUUUUGCCUUUUCAGUACUGACAGCAUCCUUUUACAAUACUAUUUCAUGAGAACUGGAAUAUGAAUUUGACAGUGUUGUUCCAGACCUUAGGGCUUUUAUGUACUUCUAAAGCUUAACUGCCUGUGACUUUGCUGACGUACAGAUAAAGCAGGAAUGACUUAUGUUUAGUGUUCGUUUUCUUUAGGCUAUCUCAAGGCAUCACAUUUACUAAAUGUGUAGUAACAAAACACUUCAUUACUGGAAAUAGUAGUAUUCUUUGAACAUGAGGGUGAAACUUUGUAGAUGCUGCAGUUCAUUGUUUCCGAGUUUUUAUUUAUGCUUUGUUCUCAUAAUAGCUGCGCUUUAAUUUUACAGUAGAUAUUGUUAAUACUUAUUAAUACAAGAUAUUAAUAAUACUUGAUAUUAAUAAGUUGAUAAAUUGAGGUUGAAUUAAAAAUAACAGGCUGAAAUCUAGUAAGUAUAAACCAUGAUGGAGUGAAAACAUUAUUUUAGGCAAAAUGGGAAAACAAUUUUAGCCAAAUACCUUUUCAUGAAGCCUUUCCAAAUAAUUCAAAAAUUGAAAUUUUCUCAUUUUUUGGUAUGGCAUCUCUUAACAGUCAUUUAUCUGGAAAUGACUGUUGAGGUACCCAUGGUUUUUUUUUUCCUGUUGGAGGAUAUUGAUUUUAAAGGACUUCCUUCAUAUAAUGAAUUUUGAUACAAUUAAAGGACUAGCAAGUACAGUCACUGUUUUGCUGAACAUGGAUGUAGGUACAGAUUGUCCUUGACUUACGACCACAGGUGACUCCAAAAUUUCUGUUGCUAAUGAAGACAAUUGUUAAGUGAAUUUUGGCCAUUCUUGCCACAGUUGUUAAGUGAAUCACUGCAGUUUUUAAGAGAGUAACAGGAUUUUUAAGUGAAUCUCCAUUGACUUUGCUUGUCAGGCGAUUGCAAAAGGUGACCGCAUGACCCUGGGACAUUGCAACCGUCAUAAAUAUGAGUCAGUUGCCAAGUAUCUCAAAUUUGACAAUGUGACCAUGGGGAUGUUGCAAUGAUCAUAAGUAUGAAAAAUGGUCAUAAGUUGCUUUUUUCAGUGCUCUAAGUCAAGGAUUACCUGUAACAUGAAAGGCUGUUAAAUGGGCCUCUGAGUAUGAAGAUAUAGGGAUUUAGAAUUUCAGGAAUGCUAUCUGAUCAUGCCUUUUGCUCUUACAUAAACAUAUGUAUCAGUAGUGGGUUUCAAUUUCAGUUGCUACUAGUUUGCUCGCAGGUGCGCGGGCACUGACACGCACACUUGACGCUUCUGCGCAUGAGCAGAGACUUCCAGGCGGGUAGGCGAAGUCUCCCGCCACCGCCACUCCUGGUUCACCCAAUCCAGAGCGAACCGGUAGCAACCCACCACUGAUAUGUAUACAGCCUCUCCUAUCAUCAACACUUAAUGCAGGGACAAAGAAACCCAUACCUAGGAUUACCUAGCUGGACUGCAAAUCUCUCUGACAUGGCAGCAAAUAGCAUUUUCUUGUAUCUGUUUGCAGCAUAUAUAAUAUGGUAUUCAUAGUGGCCCCAAGCUUUCUUUUUAUUCUCAAGACAUAUUUCAAUCUGGCACUCUUCAUUUGUGUGGAGGAAGACAUUCCCAGAAUUCCCAAACAGCAAGGUCAAAGGCCAGGUUAGUUGGAAAUUGCUAUCUCAAUACAUUUAGAGCUAGGUACAGUAGGUCUACAGCAAAGGUGGGGCGCUAUGGCCCCUUUAUGAGUUGUAGACUUCAGCUCCCAGAAUUCCUGAGCCAGCCUGGCAGUUGAAGUCCACAAGUCAUAAGGGGGCCAUAGUUCCCCACCCCGGGUCUACACUAUGCCUAAUACGUGAACUACUUUUAUUUUUCCUCAAAAUUUUGAAAGUCUAGAAAGGCAGAGGUACACUCCAUAAGGAAUAAAAACAUACUCUCUGCGCUCCCAAUGAAAGUUGAAGAUGGAGAUGCAAAGAAGCUGGGAAAGAGAAGCUCUAUUAAUAAAAAGGAUGGUUAUUAUCACUAUCGGUUUAAACUGAAUGUAAAUUUUUCCUGCCCUGCUAAAAAAUGUUUCAUCCAUCUGGAUGGAAGCAGAUGUUUUCAGAAAAGGUGCAAUUGCUAAUGUCCACGUUAUUAUUUUACAUUUAUUUUUGCACUUUACCUCUUUUUUUAAUAUCCAAUUCAGAUUACUGGUAAGACUCGUUUAAUAAGUAUCAGUUAGGAAUAUCACAUGUGUGAAAGAUAAAUUUAACAAAACACCAUUGAUUGCAACACGAUUAUUCUCUUAUGGCCAACUGAAAUUUAUCUUUGUUUGCUCAUGUAAAGACCCUAUUGCAUUUUCAUUGUGGAGUCGGGAUUGGAAUUUGGAUGUACACAAAUGUCAGGCGUCUACUAAAUUGUCAAAAGGAUGGCUAGAAUUAAGAUGAAUUACCCUUUUGGCUUUUGAAAGGGCAGUGUUUGAGCUAUAGAGCUAAUGUGGUAUUCAGUAUAGAUUCAGAUGGCUGUUACCGAUCUAUUUAAGUGAGGAUUGAUAGUGAUGUUGUUUUCCCCCAACAAACAGGAUAAGCACAUUUCUACACUGUUGAAGUGAAAGUACAAUUUUCAACCACUGGUUUAUUGGCAUAUUCCAGUUAGAAAAUCACUAAUUCCUCCCUCCACACCCCAACAUCCCUUUGAAUCAAUACAGAAUGUGUAAAGACGGUGAGAGCGGUGGCUCCUAUAACAAGUUUUCAUUCACAGUUAAUAGUGGUGUAAUCCUUUAGGUUUCAGAUUUCAAACAAGGCUACUUAAAUUGAAUUUUAAGUAGGGUUAAUUUCCUUGCAAGAAAAAUUUUCCAGGGGCCACUGCAUUAUCUUAAUUUCUUCCAUAGUAGCAUUGUUAUUGUUGUUCUUGUUGCUGUUGAUGAAUAUGUGAUCUAAGUUAAAUAUAGAAAAUUGUGCCUUUUUGCACCAACAGCUGAAAAUGACAGAAUGUAUCAUGUUUGCUCAUUUUGCAGAAAAAUCUAUCACUUUCAUUACCAUAGGUACAGGUUAUUUAAAAUACUUGAAGUAUACUGCCUGUUACCACUUUGCCUAAUUGAUGACAUUUGCACAUGACAACACUUGUUACUAUAAUCAUGCUGUGCAACCAAAGUGUUAUUCGUGAUGAGUUCUAGCUUAAUACUAGUUAAUGUAUGUUUUAGUAGGCAGGACUUAUGAAUCUCUACAGGCCUCAACUUACAACAGUUUGUUUAGUGACUGUUCAAAAUUACAAUAGCAUUGGAAAAAGUUGAUGUAUGACCGCUUUCAUACUUAUGACCAUUACAACCUCCCCAUGGCCAUGUGAUUUAUAUUCUAAUGCUUGACAACUGGCUCAUAUUUUAACGGUUGCAGUGUCCCGAGGUCACGUGAUCCAUUUUUGCAACCUUCUGACAAACAAAAGUCAAUGGGGAAGCCAGAUUCACUUAACAAUCCUGAUACUAAGUUAACACCUGCAAUGCUUCACUUAACAAAUGCGGCAAGAAAAGUUGUAAAACGGGGCAAAACUCAACAAAUGUCUCACCUAGCAACAUAAAUUUGGGGCUCCAUUGUGGUCGUAAGUCGAGAACUACCUGUGCUACCAGUCAAUUUAGAAACCACACUGUAACCAAGAAUGAGCUUGGUCAUCGGAGUAUUCAGAUCUUCAGAGAGGUGUUUCACUUGAUCUUCGCUCCACUUUUGAUCUCUUGACUAGCUGUGCUGCUUCUCUUGAUACAGUGUUCUGUAAGGAGCCCGUUUUUGAAAAGUGGCCGUCAAAGCAUAAACAUUCAUAAGUUUGACAUAAAGCACUGCAUCAAGGAAGCCCAUGGCUAAUCCACCAGUCUUUCUAUGUAGACCUAAAACAUUAAUAUGUUUGACUAAAAUGUUAAUAUGGUUUUUCUCCUCCUCGCCUCUUUUACUCCUAUCCAGAAUUUAUCUUAACUAUUAGUGUUAAUGUCACUUCCUCAAUACUUUCAAACGGCAAUGCACAUCCAAGUUGGCCAUUUUAAAAUUUCUGUUGUUAAGUGAAUUUUGUCCCUUUCUUGCCACAGUUAUUAAGUGAAUCAGUGCAGUUAUUAAAUUAGUAGCAUGGUUGCUAACAGAAUCUGGCUGUUGUGUCUGAGCCCCCCGAGCCGGGCCCCCUGCCAGAAAGUGACUCAGAAAGUGAGGGGGAAGGGCCAUCAGGACUUACCUCUGGAGCAUCAGCUUCCCUGGCUCAGCUCCAGGAGCCAGAGGGAGGCCAGGUGGAGGAGAUAACGAGGCCUCCUUCCCUUGACUCUUUCCCACCCAAGCCACGCCUCCAGACCCGGCUGAUGGCAAUCAGGCCUGGCUGGACCCUAGGUUUCGUUGGCAGGAGAGGUGGGAACAACAGAAGCAGGGGUGGGGCAGGCCUAGGAAGUGCUGAGUCAUGGAGCCACAUCCCAUAGGAUAUAAAAGCAGCAAGGGCUGCUAUACCACUUCGUGGCAAGCAAAUCAACUGCUUAACUAGAGCUGAAGUACUGUUUGUUCCUGGUUGACUCAUUGGCAUCAAGAGAGAUAACAGAGACACUUGGCAGACGCUCACUAAUUUGCUGCCAGAGCUGAUAGUUGCCGGCUAAUUAAGUCAUCGCUCGGACUGAGUCGAGGGGGACAGAACACUGGCUUUCCCAUUGACUUUGCUUGUCAAUAGUUCGCGAAAGGUGAUCACCUAACCCAAGGACACCACAACCGUCCUAAACAUGAGUCAGUUGCCAAGCAUCUGAAUUUUGAUCACGUGAUCCUAGGGAUGCUGCAAUGGUUGUAAGGUGUGAAAAAUGCUCAUAAACUACUUUUUUCAGUGCGGCUGUAACGUUGACCGGUCAGUAAAUGAACUGUUAUAAGUCAAGGACUACCUGUACUUGACAAAGAAACCUAUUCCUAUGAAAGGAAAUCAUUAUAGUUUUUCCCUCAAAGGUAGCUUGUCUCACAAAAGCUGCUUUUGAGAAAGAAAGAAACCGCCCGCUAGCCUAUUUCUUAUAUGUAUCCAAAUGACUUUUGAUCAUCAAAUCCCUGGAUCUUCAGUUGAUCAUAAGCUCUGCCAAUACUGCAAACAUUAUUCUGUUCAUGAAAACUAGAUGAAGUUGGAAAGUGAACCUUUAAAUGAAUGAUAAAUGGAAACACUGUUUUUGGUAUCUAUAAUUGUAUUUGUUGAAGAUUUAAUAAAAUGUUAGUUACCAGUUUAAGCAUUUUAGUAUUGCCCGUUAAGUUCUCCCUAAAUGCUUUGAAACUACUACUGAAACUGCCUUAAGUAAUCUAAAAUAAUGUGACGUAAUGUUUAUUUGAAAAGUUGACAUGUCUGUUUAUGCAUUUUCCUAAGUAAUUAUUGUAAACCUCAUAAAACUUUUGAAUGGUUA